AAUUCUUUGAAAGGUCUUGAUCAAUCCAAAGGUCCCGACGUGAUGAAAGCCAAAGACACCAGAGCCAUUCAUCUUAAGAUGAAUCAGGUACAGGAAAAGCCAAGUGUCCUAAAGGUUCCCUCUGAUCAACCCAGGAAGAACAAACAUAAAGCCUCUGAGCCGAUCAGUGGUGCUCCCAAGGCCAAAAUCCAGCCAAAGAAUCCAGAGUGCCUGUUAGGGGGAGAAGUGGUUCCAUGCAAUGCUGCAGUCAGUGACAGGGCUCCUGUGAACACGGCCAAGCAUUCUAAAGGGAAACCUCAGAAAACUGCAUCCAGAAAGAUCAGCAAAACUAAGAGCCAUGAGCAGGAAAAGACCACAAGGGCCAGGGGAAGAAAGAAGGCUGAAGAGAAUAAGCAGUCAGGGAACAAAGUCAAGGCAGAAGAGAAGCCAACAAUUCCCCAGAUGAAGCGGAAGGAACACCAAACUGAGCUUAUCCAAGAGAGCUUUAAAAAGCCUCGAACCUCCCUAGGCAUGUGCAUGCUGGAGUCUGCGAAGGUUUUUCAUGCACUGGGGGAGAAGAAUGACAAGAAAACUGGGCUCUCUUCCUGUCGGGUCUUGGGAAAUUCAAGCAACCCCAAAGACCCCCAGUCACCCCCACCUAGCCAGCCAUGGCAGCGUACCCCACGUGAGGGUAAGAGCCCUGAGAAACCUCAAGUCAAAACCCAGAAACCAGACAGCAGUGCUGAAACAGAGUUUCCAUCUCCAUCCCAGUAUCACUUGCCUCCUCGUGGGAAGGUCAAGUUGAUACCUCUGACUUUUUCUGCCUGGAACAAGCCUCAAGCUCGACCUGCUCCUCGGAGGCCACAGUCUCUGCUCUCACAUCUGCCUACUGUGGCGGACCGUGCCCAGACUGCCUCUACUAACUCGGCUCAACCUGCUGCAGCCACUUCAUCCCAGCCAGCUCCUGCCUCUUUGCCAGGUCCGGCCAAACCAGCUCAGCCAACUGUGACCAACCCAACCCAUCCGGGUUGGACCGACCAUACCCAGCCUAGUGUCCCUCAGUCUGUUGCUCCUAGGCCUGCACCCUACAAAACUUCAUCUGGCGCUUCGCUCCAGCGGGAGCCUGUUCCCCCUGCUGUGACUAAGCGCCUCUCCCCACCCAAGCUCCAAACCGCAUUUCUACUCCAAGACUUCAGCAAGCAACGAAGACCAUGGAGGGAACCCAACGUUUCUGAGCCAGUCACGUCAAAGCCCAUCGAACAAGAGCACAGACCAGAGCGGGAGGCCAUGAAGAGGCGGGCUCAACAAGAACGUGUGAAUGCUGCCAAAUACACCUCUUUGGGGAAACUGCAGUUUUUCACUGAGAGGCAAAAAGAAAUGGAAAUUGCUGACAACUACGGAUAUUUAUAG